UUUGUCUGGAGGGGGGUAUCGUAAAUUAAGGGGCGGGGGAGAUCAGUUUGGAGGCGGGUUUUGCGACGCGGGGCAGUGUGAGCGCCAUGGAGGAGGACAUCCUGACCACCCUGAAGAUCUUAAUAAUCGGUGAGAGCGGCGUCGGCAAGUCCAGUUUGCUACUACGGUUUACAGAUGAUACCUUUGACCCAGAGCUUGCUGCAACAAUUGGUGUUGAUUUUAAAGUGAAAACGAUUGCAGUUGAUGGAAAUAAAGCAAAACUUGCAAUAUGGGAUACUGCUGGCCAGGAACGGUUCAGGACCUUGACCCCCAGUUACUAUCGAGGGGCACAAGGUGUCAUACUAGUGUAUGAUGUGACCAGAAGAGAGACCUUUGUAAAAUUAGAAAAUUGGCUGAAUGAGCUGGAGACAUAUUGCACAAGAAAUGAUAUCGUGAAAAUGUUAGUUGGAAACAAAAUUGAUAAAGAAAACCGUGAAGUAGAUCGGAAUGAAGGGCUGAAGUUUGCAAGAAAACAUUCUAUGUUAUUUAUAGAAUCAAGUGCAAAAACACGUGAUGGUGUGCAGUGUGCAUUUGAAGAACUCGUUGAAAAAAUUAUUCAGACACCUGGCUUGUGGGAAAGUGAGAGUCAGAAUAGUAGACUUAGGUUAUCUGACUCACCUGAUGCCAACAGUGGAGGUUCCUGUGGUGGAUAUUGCUCCAUGCUGUAAACUGUAAGACUUUGGAGUCAUUUCUUGCCAAUUUUAAACAAUUGGUGAGCUAUUUGUAUAAAUUCUAAGAGUUGACAUUGCAGUUUGCACACUUUGUUCAAAUCAUGUAAAACAAUCCCCAAUAACUUGCCCAAGGCCAGAUUAGUUGUAGACAUGCAGAACCUUGCAAUCCAGGGUCAAUGUUCAUAAAACAUUUUGCUUGUAAUGUCAAACCUUCUUGUAAUUUGAAACAGUUACAUAUCAAAACUCUCUGCAACAGUUUUCAUCAGUGAGGGUCAGGGUUCGUGUGUACAUGUUCAUAUGGUCUUGUUUCAUCUAGUAACAAACCACCCAUUGUGGACUUGAGAUAUUUUCUUCCUUUGCUUUGUUCAUAUUUUUUCACACUUCAGUGCCGAACCUCCCAUUACUGUCUUUCCCCAACCCCCAAACUCAGAAAUAUUUCAUAUGGUUUGCAAAUUUUGGAGUAUAUGUGGUAUGUGUUGGGAACACUUGAUGUUAAAAUGCUUCAAUAUAACUGAAUUUUCACUACUGUUAGUCUAGCUGAAUAAACAUCAUAUAAAUGCAGUAAGCUUGUAUCAGAUGUUAACAUAAUAUGCUUUCAUUCAUAAACUAGUGUUCAAAAUUGUUCUAGUGAAAUCUUGCUGAGAUUUUUUUACAGCAGUUGAAUUUUUUUAAACUAUCACUUCCCAGUUAUGCUAAGCAGAUGUACCCCAAUACACAGACACAAAUUGUAACUCUUAAGAUGAAACUGUAUGAUUUUUACAGCCUCCAAGCUAUAACACGACGAAGAUCAGAACUAUUAUAAGGCCCUAUCUGCGAUAACCAAAAGAUGCAAAAUUUGGAAAGAUUUCUUGGAAAUAUUUAUGAAUCUAACCUUUUCAGUUAACUAAAUGCUGAACAGCACUUGUACUUUUAACCUUAAACUUCAAUGUAUGUGAAUGUCCAUUCAGUUUUUUUGUACAUUUAAGACUGCAUUAUUAAGAAGGCACAUUAUGGAAGACACUUUGUAAGUAUUGUACAAAGAAACUACAAUCUUUUCUUUAAAAUGGUGAUUCCAAAAUCAUUAAACAUUUUUAAGAAAUGCAGAUUGAAGGUUGGUUAGUAAUUGUAGAGUGUUUGUCAGUUGUUAAAGGUGAAUCAAAAAAAACUGAAGUAUACAUUCGUCUGUGUCACUGUAGCUCACUUCCAGUGUUUGUAUAUUGCACUGUACAUUUGCUGAAACUGAAAAAAGAUCUGAAUUUGAAGUGGAUUGUCAUAAAGUGAGAUAUAUGUAAAUAAUCCAUGUGCUAUUCAAUUUCACUAUGUUAUGUCUUAUCUGUCUGGUGUCUUUUUGCUAUAGUUCUUAGAAUAAUAAUCCAAACAUUUAUUGAUGAUAAAAUGCUAAAUCUUUGAAUUGGCAGGUUGAAAAAUAAUAUCUAGAAAUAAGUUUAGGUAAUUCAGUUAUUAGGUAGCACUCUUGAUUAUUCGUAAACUCCAUGCCAGCCUUAUACACUUGCAAGUUUCCUGUUUAAACCACCACUAUUGAAAUUUUAUUCCUCUAAAAGUAUAUCAAUUUUUAUGGUUUAAACUAGAUUUCAGAGCACACAACUGUAGAGAAGAUAACAUUGAAAUCAUGCCUUUUAAGUUGCAUUUAGAAAAUACAUAAUGUUGCAUGCUUCAAUAUUUUAUUUGAACUCUGGUGUCAAUUAUUUAUACACAGAACACAUUUUUCAAUUUGUUUACUGUGGCCUGCUUUGUAGAAUACGAUAAAAGUAUGAAAUAAAAUUAGGUUUGAUUGCAAAAAAAUAAACAUAUGGCAUGCUGCAGUAAAUGUGCAUUUUUGAACUUCUUGACUUGAGUUGUUGCCAAGGGACAAAGCAACAAAUUUACAAAAAUAGAAUGGAACAGAUUACUUAAUUUGGACCUUUUAUAAAUAUAAAUCUUCUGAGUAAUCACAAAUUUAGAUAUUGUUCCAACUUGAGAAUACGUGACAGUUUUGUAGGUAAUUAUUACUUGUAAAAGAUAUUUGAUUUUAAUGAAUUCAUGUACCCAGCAUGUCCAGCAAAAUAUAACUGUUUAUUACAGCUUGCAAUCAUAGUGUUUACCUAGUCCUAUGUUUCAUCUGAGUUUUUUUAAAAUAACUGCUAAAUGGCUUCAAACUAUGAACAGUUUUGUAACUUAAUUCUUUUUCAUUAGAUUGAAUGCUUUCUGGCACUUACUCUAAUUGUGAUGUUACCUGUUUGUUUCUAGGAACAGCAUAAACAUGAUUUGCAUAUAUAUAGAAUCAAGUGUAGCAGCUGACUUAUUCUACUGAAUGUUUCUUAUCCUGAUAUGCACUUACUGUACUUAUUUAUUAUUGAGGAGUCUGUAGUAUUCCUUAAAAAGAAAAGUGCCAAACCUCUGUUUAAUGAUCAGGCUCAUCAGAUAGCUCAGGCAGCUUUAAGUGCUGAGCUUUAUUGACCUGGAAGGUCUCAAGUUCAAUUGCUAGUGUUGAGUGAGCUGACCAGGAUGGCAGUAUGAGUGCUAUAAUCCCAGCACCCCAUUUUCGAGGAAAGGAAAAUCACUCCCAUGAUCCAAAUCCAGCAGCUUCCCCUAGACGUGUGUUGAUUCAGUGCACAGACUCGACUGAUGCUCCCACGUCUAAAUGUCCUUCUGAUAUUCACUGUCUGGGCUCCCAUAUGAACAGUGGUCACCAAUGGUCAGUAAUUGAGAUACCGGAGCUAACCGAUAUGGUACCUUCCUCAACAAGGCAUCCUCAACUUCAGGACGGGAGAAGGAGAUGGGAGAAAACUGCUGAAAAGGAAAAGUAGUAAUGCAAUAUCCUGCAACAAUGUAAGACGUCUGCCAGUUCAGUCAAGGGUAAAGAGUUAAAUUAUUUGUCCAAUUAUAACUGCAGUUAUUUGUUAGUGGUAUGAUGACAAUCUAAAGAUUGGGGCUUCAGAAGUAGAAAUGUCAGCCAAAUAGAUUUAUUUACGGUUAUUGUAUUGCUAAAAGAUAGUCUGAGAAUGAUUUGAUGGGGUAACCUUUUACUAUUUUACAAUUAUGAUAGCAUAAGGUAUUGCAUUAGAAUAUAUAUACUGUAUAUAAAUACUAUGUAUGAUUUCAAGUUCCAAGAAAUUCAUUAACAUUUUGUAAAUAUUGCUUCUCUUUGAAUAUAAUGGAUAAACCAAUGAAUUGCAUCAAA